UUGAAAUUUUGAAUACAUGUAUAAGUGAUUUAUUCAUUUUUAGCAUAUCAUUCCUUUUUUUUAUUAAGCCGCCUACCAUAAUGUUUUAUUUUGAAAUGCCACCGGAAGUGGUGUGGAUACUGCCUGCAGCUUGACGCUCAUCGGGUCGACAGACGCUGCCUUGGAAACGACAUAAAUCCAGUCAAUGCAGCUGGGUUGCAAAGAGGGACCUACAUUUCCUCACUUCAAAGGCUUCCGCCCCUCUGCUCCUCUUCCUCCUCUUCCUCCUCUUCCUCUCCUUCCAUCCGUCUCUCCAUCCACGAGCAUGGAUGCUGUGAUAUGAAACGCGCCGGAGGAGCGGGGGGAACGUCGACUAAACGCCGAGUGAACCGAGGAGGUGACGGGGACGACGUCACGGUCAGAGGUAGAGGAGGAUGCCGCUGGUGAAGAGGAACAUCGAACCCCGGCACUUGUGCCGCGGGGCGCUGCCGGACGGGGUGACCAGUGAGCUGGAGUGCGUCACCAACAGCACGCUGGCAGCCAUCAUCAAACAGCUGGGGAGUCUAAGUCGCCAUGCAGAGGACAUCUUCGGAGAGCUGUUCAACGAAGCCAACAGCUUCUACCUGAGGAUGAGCAGCCUGCAGGAGAGGGUGGACCAGCUGGCUGUGAAGGUCACCCAGCUCGACUCCACCGUGGAGGAAGUCUCCCUACAGGACAUCAACAUGAGGAAGGCUUUCAAAAGCAGCACGAUCCAGGACCAGCAGGUUGUGUCCAGGACCUCAGUGCCCAACCCUGUGGUAGAGAUGUACCAUCGCUGUGACAAGCCUCCACCACUGAACAUACUCACCCCGUACAGGGACGACAAGAAGGAUGCUCUGAAGUUCUACACCGACCCAUCCUACUUCUUCAACCUGUGGAAGGAGAAAAUGCUGCAGGCGACGGAGGACAAGCGCAAGGAGAAGAGGCGGCAGAAGGGCUGUCCGGCCCACCCUGACAGGCCCCACUCCAGACAGGCCCCACCCAGGAGCCCCCUGUCCAUCUCUGAGCAGCAGAGGCAGGUCGAAGAUCCAAGCAGAGAAGUCAAGAAGGUGCGUAAGGCUCGCAACCGCCGUCAGGAGUGGAACGUCCUGGCCUACGACAAAGAGUUCCGACCUGACGCCAGGCUCACCCCCUCUCCUUAUCACGGCAUGUCGUCUGAAGGCUCCCUGUCUCCUGACAGCAGAUCAAUGGCAUCUGACUCCUACCCUGCCAGCCCCAACCACCCCUCCACCCAGGCCCAGAGCGCCCCCCACCCCACUGACCAUCACGCCAGAGACCACCUCAGCGCUCCGGCCCAGACCCAGUCCCUGGACCGCGGCCUCAGGCCAGCGAACCAGCCCCCAGGAGCCGGCGGAGCCGUGCCGGGUCGACACGUGGCCUCUUUGGGAAGGACCCCGUCAGGACACGCCGCCCCGGCCGGAGGGGAUGCUAUGGUUAACGGACCCCGGCAGCAGUCGGUGAAGGACUACCGGGCUGGACACGGCGGACGCCGCUCCCUCCACCAGGAAGUCCACCAUGUUGGGGAUGAUCCCCAUGAGCGACGCCCGCUCCGACCUGCUGGCCGCCAUACGUAGAGGUAUCCAGCUGAGGAAGGUGCAGGAGCAGAGGGAACAGGAGGCAAAGCGAGAGCCUGUUGGCAACGACGUGGCCACCAUCCUGUCACGGCGUAUCGCUGUGGAGUACAGCGAGUCAGACGACGACUCCGAGCUCGACGAGAACGAGUGGUCUGACUAGAACACCCACACAAAAACAAAAAAUAGAGGUGGAGAUGAGGAGCUUGUUGUGUGGAGCUACCUACGAGUUGUGUUGGGAAGAAAUGGAGCUAGACAUGAAGGGACGUGGUUACUUUUCAACAUAUUACUCAGUCACAGUCAUGCACAUUGCCUGUCGUAUUCACUCGGAACAAAACGUGGAUCAUUUCAGCUCACACGGCUGCCCCUGAAAACGCCAGUUCUUAGAAGCCCCAGAGGUUGAUGUGAGGACCCUUUCCAGGGUGCACAGCACAGUGGAACACCUGAGUCCCUCCUGCCCCCGUCUGCUCAUUUCAACCACAAGCAGUGAGCUGUGAAACACAAACCAGUCAGCGUUCCUCCGCCCACACAUUUGAGUGGUAAUUACAAGCAAUGUUGCAGGCUUUCAUGCUGGAAGUAGGCAAUCCCCUGAUGAGACGAAGGGGUAAUGUGUUUACACAACACACGACGAAGCACAGGAAGGACUUUUAUUAGUGCAAUCUUGAACUUAUCUGCCAAAUGUUGAUAACAUACGUGAGACCACUACUCAGGAUGAUCAGGGAGAGUAAAAGUCUCUAAAGGAUUGCUGUGAUUUCAGAGCUGAGUUUGCACGCUCUGCAUUCAACACCCCCACAUAUUAGGAGUUUGGCCUUUUACCUUGAGAAAUAUAAAAGAAGAUCUGCUUUUGCAGGGGAAUCUCUGCCAUACAAGAUAAAGAAUGAACGAAAAGAAAGUUUACGUUUCAUAAAUAGAAUAUAAAAUCCCAAGAAUAAUCUUGAAGAUGACGUGCCAUCGAAUGAACUGGUUACAUGGCAGGAAGGAAUUUGCAACCCAGAUUAGUGCAUUUAAAUAGAAAGUUUGAUUUAUGUAAGACAUUAUUUCAGUUCUUAAAGAUCUGUGGAAUAAAAUUAAAGAAAGAAAUGAAAUAAAUUCUUCUGGUUUAUAAAAUAAAAAAAGUACCUAGAAGCCUUUCAAUUUUAAUUUAUUAAAGCUGUUUUACUGAAUUUUCCAGAUUAUAAGUCACACCUGAGUAUUAGUCCCACCUGAGUACAAGUUACAGCCAAGUACAAGUCGCAGCCAAGUGCAAGUUGCGCCAGAGUACAAAUUGCGCCCGAGUUCAAGUCGCACUCGAGCACAAGUCGCACCGGUGUAGAAGUCAAACCUAAGUAAAAGUCGCACCGGAGUACAAGUUGCACUCGAGGGCAAGUCACAGCCUAAUAGAAGUUGCAUUUGAGGACAAGUCGCGCUCGAGUAAUAAGUCACACUCGAGUAUAAGUCUCAUUCAAGUAAAAUAGGAAUAGAAAUAGUAUAGAAGAUAUAGUAUAGAAUAGUAAUAGAAGCCAAAUCAAGUUGCACUUAAGUGAAAGUUGUACCAGACUAUAAGUCGCACCGGUGUAGAAGUCAAACCUGAGUAAAACUCGCACCGGAGUACAAGUCAGAUCCUAGUACAAGUCUCACCCGAGUACCAGUCACAACCGAGUACAAGUCGCUCUCGAGUAUAAGUUACACCCGAGUAUAAGUCGCGCUCGAGUAGAAGUCGCACUGGUGUGGAAGUCAAAAUAGACUAUAAGUCGCAGUGGAGUACAAGUUGGACUCGAGUAUAAGUUGCACUUGAGUAUAAGUUACACCCGAGUACAAGUCGCACCAGAGUACAAGUUGCGCUCGAGUGCAAGUCACAGCCGAAUAGAAGUUGCACCCGAGUACAAGUCGCGCUCGAGUACAAGUCGUGUCCGAAUAGAAGUUGCACCCGAGUACAAGUGGCGCUUGAGUAUAAGUCGCACUCGAGUAUAAGUCUCACUCAAGUAAAAGUCACACCGGAGUAGAAGCCAAAUCAAGUUGCACUUAAGUAAAAGUUGUGCCAGACUACAAGUCGCACCGGUGUGGAAGUCAAAAAAGAGUGUAAGUCGCUCCGGAGUAUAAGUCAAACCCGAGUAAAAAUCGCAGUCGAGUACAAGUCACACCAAAAUAUAAGUUGCACCUGAUUAUAAGUCACAGUCGAGUAUAAGUCUCACCGGAGUAGAAGCCAAAUCCGAGUAUAAGUCACACUUUUUAGAGAAAGGUGCAACGCUUCUGAACAAAUCCGACAAACCUGGCAUAAUCCAUCGCGACUCACACGUCAAAUUCACACCCGCUGCCUCUUUUUUGACGCAGGUCAAGUUCAAUGCUCAAUGCUUGUCUAAAUAACUGUUCAUAGACUAGAGUCUCCCGUCACGUGUGGGAGAAGCUACUGUGAAGUGUUUAGCCUCAUCGCUACAUGGAAAUAUUGACUGUAUAUUGACUAUAUAUCUCGAAAGACAAUGUCGAGAAAUCCAAGUUUAUUUAUUUUUGAAGAAUUCUACAAAAGCAUCAGUAAUCACACCUCCAUGUCUGGGUUCACAAGGUCAUUCAGUCUUUUUUAAUGUGAUCUUGACCAACUGGAGGAUCUGUCAAUAUUUUUUUAAAACCAGAUCUAAGUCGCUCCUGAGUAAGUCGCAUCCCGGGCCAAACUAUGCAAGAAACUGUAACUUAUACUCCGAAAAAUACGGUAAUUUAACAGCAGAAAACAAGUAAUGAAACAAGUACAGAAAGAAAUUCCAAAGCCAAACUCCUAAAAUGUGGUGCGGCCCUUGGAAAAUGAUUGUCACAUCCGUGUAAUUCUCCAAUUUAGUGAACUUCAAUCCAAAACUGCACCUCCCAGAAUUCAUGCUGCCUGGUAAACCAUCAGGGGCCGCCAUCUUUGUCAUCCUGAAUUCAUAUCAUCACGCAGUCGAGCAAGCCGAUACGCCUAUGCCAUUGUUUUGCCUAUUUUUCUUUGUUAAAUUCUUGAUCCUCAACAUAACCCCUAACAUUUCAGUGGCUUUGUGCUGUGCUCUUCUUCUGUGAAUGCUUUUACACACGAGCCGACCCCUUCACGCGGGUCAGCACUCGGUGAACUAUACAUAAUUAAGUGGUAAUAUACGGUAUAUUGUUUCUAAUCACUCUUUGGUAUAGGUUUGCCUAAUCCUAAGUAUGAGCUGAUUGGACUGUAGUGGUUUUUUAAUGUCCUUUUAUUUGAUUUUUCUUUAAUGUGCUGCAGUGCUUUUAUUUUGGAUUAUUUCUAAGGAAGUGCCAGAUAAAUCUGGGUCAGGGAAUGGGAAAAGAUAAAGCCAGCUAGAUAGAGGUAUAAAGCAAUUUAACCCAAUGUUAAAUACAUCAUCAGCAAAACCAAAAAAAUAAAUAAAUAAAAGGAGUUUGGGGUUUUUGGGGGGGGAGGGGUUCUGAAGACUUAUCAUUUGUGAAGGUUUAUAGGACGGAUUUUCUCAAUUUUUGCCACAACUUCCUGCAAAUGGGAACAGACAGUCUCAUGUGUUUGGUAGCGCUGUUGCAAACAUCCACCGAUGUCGUGUUUACUUGAGCAAAAUGUGCGCUUUAACAGUUUGUGUCGCUGUGGGAAUCCAGUUACUCUGUUCUAUAUAUACGGUAACCUUAUUGCAUACCUGCUGAAGCACCCUGUAUACAGUCAUUUCUCAGCUAUUUGCUCAGAUUUAUUUUUUCAUUUUCUUUUUUUUUUAAGUGAAUAUUACAGCUUAUUUACUAAAUUGAACAAAAAAAAUGUGUUCUGCUAAUAAUUCCAGUGUUUAUUUUGAGGUUUGGACGAGCGAUGAUGAGCCUUUAUGGUGACCUUUCUGUGAGACCUGAUGCUUUAAAAUGAAAAAUCGGACUUAAGGAAAAAAAAAGAAGACUCUUUGUUGCGGCCACUCUUUGUUGCCCCACAAAGUCAGAUGACUUCACUGUGUUAACCCUCUAACACCUGAGGCGUCGCCAGUUAUGCUUAAUCACUAAAUUUUUAACACACUAUAACUUUUCAACUCUUAACACCAUCAGCGUAAUUCCAGCAGGUUUUGAAGGAGAAAAGUGGCACUCGGUAUGAGUUGCAGCCGAGUACAAGUUGCACCCGGGUACAAGUCGGACCUGAGUACAAGUCACGCCGGAGUAGAAGUCAUGCUGAAGUAUGGGUCGCGUUAAUGUACAAGUUGCAUCGUUUUACAAGUCGCACCGGUGUACAAGUCGCACUCGAUUACAAGUCGCAGCUGGUUGUCACACCAAAGUAUAAGUUGCACCCAAGUACAAGUGGCGGUGGAGUCCAAGUUGCUCAAGUGUACAAGUCGUACCUGAGUAAAAGUCGUACUCGAUUGCAAGUUGCACUUGAUUACAAGUUGCUCGCGGGUACAAGUUGGACGACCAGAUACAAGUUCGACCUGGGUACAAGUCGCACCUGAGUAAAAGUCGUACUCGAUUGCAAGUUGCACUCGAUUACAAGUUGCUCGCGGGUACAAGUUGGACACCCAGAUACAAGUUGGACCUGGGUACAAGUCGCACCUGAGUACAAGUCGCACCUGAGUACAAGUUCUGCCGGAGUACAAGUCAAACCCGGAGUACAAGUCACACCCUAGUACAAGUUUCACCAGUGUACAUGUCGUGCCCGAAUAAAAGACGUACUUGAUUACAGGUUGCACUUGAUUACAAGUCGCACUCAAAUUCAAGUUGCACCUGGGUACAAUUCACACCCGGGUACAAAUUGCACCCAGGUACAAGUCGCACUCGAGUUCAAGUCGCAACUCAAGCAAAUGUCACACGAGCCGCUUUUUUCCUUCAGAAUCUUCUGGAAUUACGUUGAUUGUUUCAUCGGUUGAAAAGUUACUGUAAAUCAAAGAACGUAGACACUGGAGCUGUGGUGUUAAAGGGUUAAGUUAUUACAGGUACUUGUGGGUAGGGCUUUACAGCAGCCCUUUCAUUGAUGUAUAUAAACAUGUGAAUCUUAUGGCUGACUCUAGUCCUGCACUGUAGGAAAAAAAAACACACUGAAAACCAGCCGGUUGGUACGACUUUUUUGACUCCCCUGUACUCUCCUGACUGUGGAAUUGUGCCAACAAAUUAUCAAACAGCACAUCUGAACGGCUCAUGUAGAUUUGCUUACCCAGUUUCUUCAUGAACAAUAUAAAAAAAUAAAAAACACGCAUAUGUCUACAGGAGUUGAUCUGAGACAAUUUCUAAAAUGUGACCCAGGUCUGGUUGUUCUGGUUGUUCUAUGGUUGUGUUGUGCAGAAGCCAUAGGUGCACACAUUUCAGAUUUCGUUCUUUAUUUAUUUUUUGGUUUCGCUCCAAGCAUCUCGAUCUUAUGGUGAUUUGCACGUUAAACAACGCACCAAACGGGCAAGUGUUCACACUGGACUGUCGCUACCACGAUGCUAGUGUAUGUACUCACAGUUGGAAGAGGUUUGGUGCAAAAUGUCAAAGCGAUGCAAAUCUGGUGUAUCUAUUCUGCUAUAUGGUAUAUGACAUAGUUUCAUAUAAUUCCAGUUAUCAGUUGAAAAAGACGCUACCUAAGCUACUACCAAAUCCAAGUCUCUGAUUGGUCAAAGUUCAACUGGUUUAGCUUUCAGCGCUCGGAUUUCAAUGGUAACCAAACACUAAAUAAACUUUCUUUUGGGCAGUUGACCUCUAUAAAUAGGGCUUUAAAAGUUUAAUUCCUGAAAUUAUAUUCUAACCAUCUAUGUGCUGCCCCCUACAGGUUGAAACAAGGUAUUACAGUUGAAUUUUGUGAUUGGUCGACUGGUGUAAGUCCCACAUCAUUUCAGAAGUUUCACAUCAUCAUGCUGAAGCUCCUGUAUAAAAGCCCCGCCCAUCUUUGCGUAUGUAAGGGUGGGUCGUUGGCGUGUUAGCUUUAGCAUGACUCGUCAAUCUAUUGGCUUGCACAAGUUUGGACUUGGAAGUUAGGCAACAAUGAUUACUGCAAUUGGCAUUAAAUCCAGAAAACUCCAUCCUGGUGAUGGAUUUGCGAUGAACGUUUCACUCGGGAUUGUUAGCUUAAUAUGUUGGCCUUUGUUAGCUUAUGAUGCUAGCGUCUGGACGUUUAGCGCCUGCCUCGGGAGAAGGUAGAGGAAAAAAAUCAUCAACUUUCACUGUUGAGAUACUGGCAUCACUUUUCUCGUUAUCACUCUCCAUAUUGAAGUCGCAGAGUGACCACGGUACCUCAAGCUAACCUCAUUGUCACUGUCAACCACACCUCCCCCGCUCAGCCCACCCCUUUUUAUUUAGCAUUUUUCAAGCGUUGGCCUCAACUAUCCUUUUGUGUUACCCUUUAACAAACACCUGUUUUUUAGCCUGAAAACAGAUUUGCGUAGCUACAUGUGAACGUGGUGAAGUGAAGUGGUCGCUCGAACGCGUUUCCAAACCCAGUGUGGACAUUUCCAAAUUUUAUGUCUGGUUAUAAGACGUCAAGAAGACGAUGUUGUGCACCUAUGGCUUCUAGGAAAAUGUCAUUGUGUGUUGAAGCUGUGAGAAAUGAAUCAUUUUGUAUAGAUUUUGGUAAGACGGCCUGUAAAGUUACAUACAUUUGGUUGAAUAUAAUCUAGAAGAAAAGACAAAAUAUGUGUAUUGCACACUAAAAUCAGCUGUAAGCAAGUAUGCAUGUAACUAUAGACAAUAAAUGGUGAACAAAACAACACA